AUGAGCGACAACUCCAACCCCGCCCCUCCCUCCGCUCCCGCCCCGCCGCCGACCUACACAAACCCUAUUUCCAACCUCCGGCAACCAAACCGCGUCAUCACGGGCCACAACUCCUCAGGACAAUCCGUGAUUCACUCCUCCACCCCCUUCACCUGGUCCCCCUACGCCGACAGCAACCUCGCCUUCUCAGUGCCCUACACCACCUCAUCCUUCCCGGCAGACCUCAACGCUGACGCCGACAUCGUCCACCACGAGCGCGUCAUUUCCUCGGGCACUCUGGGCCUCGUCAACCCGCGCGGCACCGUCCUCCGGUGCGUCGACUUUGCGCCCGGCUACGCGUGCGCCAUGCACCGGACGCAGAGCCUGGAUUAUGGCAUCGUUCUUGAGGGCGAGGUAGACAUGGUGCUGGAUAGUGGGGAGAGGGUCAGCUUGAAGCGCGGGGACGUGGCGGUGCAGAGGGGCACUCAGCAUCAGUGGAUUAAUCGGAGCCAGAUGGAGUGGGCUCGGAUGAUAUUUGUGCUGCAGGAUUGUAAGAAGUUGGUGAUCUGUGGACAAGAGUUGGGUGAGGAUUUGGGAGAGAGUAGUGGGUCUGACUUACCGGCUAGUGGUAAUUAGCAUGCGAAGGGAUGGGAGCUGAAGAGGGCGGGAGAUGGUGAUGGUAGGAUUG